GUCCAUGAUGUCAUAGAUUAAAAAAGUGUGGUGUACGAAUGUGUGAGUGUGAAUGUCUGAUUCUGAAUGUUUACCCGGUUUACAUGUGUGAGUGGAUAUAAUACGUAAAUUAUUGAAUAGAAAAAUAAUAAUUUAGUUAAUUAUUAGAACAUCUACGUUUUGUGUUAACUCAUGACGAAAAUAUUCUCUUUUGGAUAAAGUAAUAGGUCGACCUUCAAAAAUGACCUUUAUACUCCACAGUCAAUAGGAAUCUUAUGCGCAUGCGUAGAUUAUCCGUCAAAUUUUGUUUGGCGCGCUGAUAACUACGACUACUUUUGAUCACGAUGAAAUUACAUAUUUUAGUCAUUCGCCAGAUACCUUGUACAGCUCACGUUUCUAACAUUUUCUGCGUUAACUUAAUCACUUACAACGAAAAUGUCUAGUGAAGAAUUAAAUAUCAAGAGAAAAAUGGCACGACAAAAUGGUAUUGUGCAACCUUUGUUGACUGAUCUAUAUCAAAUAACUAUGGCAUAUGCCUAUUGGAAAUCCGGUAAAGUGAAUGAUGUUGCCGUAUUUGAUUUAUUUUUCCGCACAAAUCCUUUCCAAGGUGAAUUCACAAUAUUCGCAGGACUUGAGGAAUGUUUGAAGUUUUUAGAAAACUUUCAUUAUUCUGAUAGCGAUAUUCAAUAUUUGCAGCAGACAUUACCAGACAAUAUUGAGCCUGAAUUCUUUGCCUAUUUAAAGGACUUAACUUGCAAGGAUAUAAGAGUGAGCGCUAUUGAAGAAGGUUCUGUGGUUUUCCCAAGGGUGCCCUUAUUAAGAGUUGAAGGACCUUUAAUUGUAGCGCAGUUGCUGGAAACCACUUUAUUAACUCUCGUCAACUUUGCAAGUUUAAUGGCAACCAAUGCUGCACGGUAUCGAAUGGUUGCUGGAAAAAAUGUGUCUUUACUUGAAUUUGGCUUACGACGAGCUCAAGGACCUGAUGGAGGGUUAUCGGCGUCAAAAUAUGCUUACAUUGGUGGAUUCGAUGGAACAAGUAAUGUGUUGGCUGGAAAAAUGUUCAAUAUACCAGUGCGAGGCACCAUGCACAUUCCUUUGUGACGUCGUUCAGCACCCUGGACGACUUGCACUCCGUCAUAAUCCGACACGCCGAGACCCAGAACUCAUGCAACCUACUCGAGCUGUCGAUAGAGUGGCGCAAGCGAGUGUCCGCCGUCAUAGAUAUAUCUCCGGAGGAAGCGAGCGACGGAGAACUAGCUGCCCUCAUAUCGUAUGCCCUAGCAUUCCCGUCGGGUUUCUUGGCUCUAGUGGAUACGUACGAUGUCAAGAGGUAUAAUUUUCAAGGCUUACCGUCACGACACAGGCAGCAUAAUAUGAAUGGGCAUUCUGGCUACAAUAGCAACUGUGGAACCAAUGGUACUAGAGUACUCAAAUCACCGACUAUUCAUAGUCCGUAUGGAUAUAGCACGGUCGAACGCACACUGAGGAGUGGUCUGCUAAACUUCUGUGCCGUGGCGCUAGCGCUAAACGAUUGUGGCUACCGAGCUGGUGGUAUCCGUAUCGACAGCGGUGAUCUGGCUUAUUUGUCUGUACUAGCACGCGAGACCUUCGAGAGCAUUGCAGAAGCUUUCAAACUACCUUGGUUCUCUAAACUAACCAUUGUAGCCUCCAACGACAUUAAUGAAGAAACAAUACUAAGCUUGAACGAACAAGGACACAAAAUCGACACAUUCGGGAUUGGGACACACCUAGUAACAUGUCAGCGCCAACCAGCGUUGGGUUGUGUCUAUAAGCUGACGGAGAUAAACGGUCAGCCCCGCAUCAAACUGAGUCAAGAUGUAGGAAAAGUUACGAUUCCAGGUCACAAAGAGGCGUACAGGCUAUUCGGUGCUGACGGGCAUGCUCUGAUUGACUUGCUGCAGCGGUCCUCGGAGCCGGCGCCUGAAGUCGGCCAGAAAGUCCUUUGUAGGCAUCCUUUCCAGGAGUCCAAGAGAGCCUACGUGAUUCCCAGCAAAGUAGAACAUUUAUAUAAGGUGUACUGGAAGGAUGGUAUUAUCCACACGAUGCCGAAACCAUUGCACGAAGUCCGCCAGCGAGUCCAAUCCUCACUGAGGACUUUGCGACAGGAUAUCAAGAGAAACUUAAAUCCUACGCCUUACAAGGUGGCAGUCAGUGAUGACUUGUACAAUUUCAUCCAUGACCUGUGGCUGCAGAAUGCACCCAUCGGAGAACUGUCAUGAAAGGAAUAAAAUGAAAGUUAGUAUACGUCACAUGUACUACAAUACAAGAAGAAAAUCAAGAGCUUGGUAAACCUUCUCUAAAAAAGAAAACAACGAAAAACUUCACGUAGCAAUAGGAUUAUUUAUAUGAAAUGCAACUUAUAAUAUUAAUAUUGUAUUUAUUUCAAAUAUUAUCAUAUUACGUAGUAAAUAGGAACACAAAUCGCAAAAAGAAAAUCUUGCAUGUUUGUUCUAUAAGUGAUUAGAGAUUUAUGGAAACUUAAGUCACAAAAAUAUGAAGUAUUAGUGUUUUGCACCGUAACGUAUUCCCGUGCAAUAUAAAUAAAUGUUAAGAUUUUUACAGAAAUACGUGUGGUACUUAUAAAACCCACUAAAACAAGAUUUAAUUAUUUGUUUAUCAGUCGGUUGGGAUCAAAAUAUUGACUGUUAUGUAACAGUACAUAGAAAAUUGUGUAUUAAUAUAUUUUAUAAUAUUUUACAACCAAUUUCUACACGUUUCAUCUAAAAUGAUAACAUUUGGGCUUGCGUAUCUAAGCUUAAGCCGAGAAACAAAUGCAGCUUAGUAAAAAUCUAAAUGUAGCUGUAGGUAACAUAAUUGCGCAAAAGCUUGUGCUUUAUUUCUUCACCUAGGUAUGAUUAAAAAAUAAACAGAUUGUUUAUAUGUUUCCGUAAGAUAAUAAGGAAACUAAAUUAGUGCAACCUUUUCUAAUUCCGUGUUUGUCCCUAUACUAGUCAAAUAGAUCAAUAUAAAUUUAACUCAUUGAAAUAUUUAAAGAAAAUUAUAAAUUGUUUUGGAAUUAUUGUUUCAAAUAUUGUUGCAUUCCUUAACUUUGGAUAAAAAGCUAAAACCAAAGCAAAUGUUGCCAUUUGAAUACGGUAGAGACUUAUUAAUACAUGUAAUGUUGUGUUGUAGCUCCUUGCCAUUUGUACAACAUACGAUUUCCAUUGUUUAAUGCAAGUAGUACAUAGUUAUCUUCAUUACAUUCACAGUGCAUAUUGUAUUUGAAUAUAAUAUCGACACUGUAUGCGGUAACUUUUAUAGAUUUAGUUAAGUUUUGACGAGAGAUAUAGAAACGUUUUGUACAAAUUAUGUAUUUAUUACAAACAAAACAUAGUGCAUUUAGUUCACCUUUUAGAUAGAUUGAAGAAACGUGAUAUUAGGUUAUUGAUUUGAUCGUUAUUGGUAACAGCAAUUUAUUGUGAUAAUACGAUUAUUAGAAUGUUUUCAACUUUUCAUUAAAAAGCAAACACCUUUGUAACAAUGAAUAUCAUGUCAAGACACAAGUUAUACCUAUACCUACAAUGUUAGCAAAACGGCAGCAGUAUAAUAUAUGAUAUAUAUGUUUAUGAUGCUGUUAUAGGAAUUAGAUUGCCUUUAAUGUAACUUUAUGUAGUUUUACAAAGUUUUCAACUUCAAAUAUAAACUUAAUUUUAAAUAACUGAAAGUCGACAAUUCAAUAUUGUCGAUUUAGGCUUUAGUGUCAAUGUGUUCUAGCUAGCAUUUGUAAAUGUACACAGAGUAUCUAUAUUACCAUAAAUAAUAUUUUAUGUUAAGUGCAAUAUAAACCUGACUAACUUCACUGGAAUGUCGUAGAAUACCAGAUUUAUACGUGUUCUUAAACUAAAU